AUGGAAGGCUUCGACGACACCUUCUAUCAGGCACACUAUCCCAUCCAGGAUCGCCAACUGGAUCCUCAGUCCGCUUACCCUAGCGCCGAGCAUGCUUCCCUGCUUCCAUUCUCUUACCCUAGUUCCGAUCAAUUUCAACCGGAGACUUUUCCCUACCAAUCGCACCCCUCGGAUCUCUUGUCCAACAGUGCCCCUGGCGCCCUGAUCCCUUCUCAUCCAGAUGCCUUGGCCCUGCACCAAACCGGUCUGCACGGCCAUCACCCAGGCCCGUCCCGGACGCCCGGUCUAGGGGCCCGCUUCCCGGACGCUUCGAUGCAUGCUUACGAUCCGAUGUCCGUUGCGGGCCACGGCAUGGCCAUGAGUUUGGAAGCCGCAAGUAGUUUUGCUUUCGAUGCCUCCAACUUCCAUACCACCUCCACUGGGACUUUUGAUCCCAAUUUUGACCGUCAGCCCGCUAUGCAGCGCUCCCCCCUGCCUUCCCAAGUCAUUGAUUUGGAUCCUCCUAUCCCUACCGCUUAUUCCAUCCCCCGAAAUCAAUCUGCCCUCUCGGCCACUUACUGGGCUCCUUCCGUGGCGCAGGAGUUCAGCGCCCCCGUGCAACCUGUUCAAUCAAUGCAAUCUGUGCAGCCGAUCCAGCCUGUGCAAUCUGUGCAACAUGUGCAGGCAGCGCACCAUGUGCAAGCGGCCCAACAUGUGCAAGCAGCACAAUCUAGACAAUCGGCGCAAUCUAUGCAACCGGCAGUCACCGCCGUGCCCAGGCCCUCCAUCGAACUCUCCACAUCUACGGCCCGCCCCGCGCGUGAUCAGAGCGGCUCGCGGCGAGCUGCAGCUGCAGCACAGGCGGAGGUGCAGCAACAGUCCUCUUCACAAGCCUCGAAUACCACUGUUGCCCAUCGAUUCAUCCAGCCGAAACGGCCGUCGCCAAAGGCAACCUUUCAACCUCAGGCCAAACCAGAGGCGGGUAGCCAAUCCCCGUAUGCCAGCAUUUAUUCCAGCAGUGGCUUCGAUAUCAUGGGGGUACUGGCCCAAGUGGUGUCCCGACCGGAUGCCAAAAUUAACAUCGGUGCAGUCGACUUGUCCUGUGCGUUUGUGCUCUGCGAUAUCACCCAGCGUGAUCAUCCAAUUGUGUAUGUUUCGGAGGCGUUCGAACGGCUCACUGGUUACACCAAGGAAGAGAUUGUAGGCCACAACUGUCGGUUCCUGCAAGGUCCCGAUGGAGUGGUGUACCAGGGCAUGCCGCGGAAGUUUGUCGAUGAAAACACCGCAUUUCGUUUCCGGUCCACCAUUGAGGAUCGGUCCGAGAUCCAAGCCAGUAUCAUCAACUACCGGAAAGGUGGGCAACCCUUUGUGAAUUUGGUCACAAUGAUACCAGUCAAAUGGGGUGGACCAGAAUACCGCUUUUAUGUAGGGUUCCAAGUCGAUCUAGUGGAGCAGCCCGACGCUGUCACCCGGCGAAAUCCCAAUGGCACGUACAUGAUCAACUAUCAGCGCAGUCAAUUGCCCAAUUACAUAGUCCCAUCUUCGGACCUGUACCACGUUAACCCGGAGCUGAUCACCAUGUGGGCACCGGAGCAGGUGUCAACUAUCCUUGACAGCUUGAAUGGCUCCAUGCCCAUCUAUCGGGAAUUGCUCGAUCGGGUCCUAGUAGAAAACACGGACGAUGUCAUUCAUGUGCUCUCGUUCGAGGGGGAAUUUCUCUACCUGUCUCCGGCUUGUUACAAGAUCCUGGAGUAUGACGCGGUCGAACUGGUCGGAAAAGGCUUGUCGGCCGUCUGCCAUCCGAGCGACAUCGGUCCCGUGAUCCGCGAGCUACGUGCCUGUAUUACUCGUGAUCCAGUGAGUGUGGUUUACCGCAUCCGCAAGAAACAUAGCGGAUAUAUCUGGUUUGAAUGUCACGGGUCAUGGCACAUUACCGACCGGGGACGGCAAUACAUGGUGUUGGUGGGCCGUCCCCGGGCGGUGUACGAUCUCGAUCAUGUAGCUGUUGUUGGCCGCGGUGGCUUGACAGAGAAUGACGUCUGGGCCAAGUUGUCGAUGUCCGGCAUUAUCCUUUAUGUUUCAUCGAAAUCGCGAACGGCAUUGGGUCGGGCGCCGGAAGACUUGAUUGGCAAGGGCAUCCAAGACGUGAUGGCGCCGGACACGCGACCACAGGCCGUUCAGGCACUCGAGGGCGCGAGGGCUGGUCGACAGGUCUCGUUCAACCACAAGAUCCGUCAUCGCAAGGGUCAUAUGCUACCGGUACAGACUACGCUUCUACCCGGAAAGGUGGGGGGUUUCCCUCCCUCUUUCUUAGUGGCACAGUUUCGCUUCCCGAAGUUGGCGACCUCGGGCGCAGCCGACGACCCCGGCUCUAGCUCAACAGACUUGCCGCCGGUUCCAGUGGACCUAUUUGGGCUGGUAGGCGCCAACCGGUUGCCAGCCGGCAAUCAAGACCUGGCAGCACUGUACGACAGCUCGCUGUUCACCGAGCUGGCGCCGACGCGGGGUUCCAGCUGGCAGUUGGAACUGCGGGAACUGGAGAAGCAGAACCGUGCCCUGGCGGACGAGAUGCAGCGUCUGAUCACACGGCAGAAGAAGCGCAAGCGCAAGCAGAGCGCCAUCAUGGUGGAGAAGAUCUGUUCGAUGUGCCGGACGAAAACCACCCCAGAGUGGCGGCGUGGGCCCAGCGGCAACCGAGACCUCUGCAACAGCUGUGGCCUGCGCUGGGCUAAGCAAAUGCGGAACGCGGCGGCCCAGUCCGCGGCCAGCGCGGCCCGUACGGACGGCGGGACGUCUUAA